GGGCUCAUGGCGGCGCCCGUGCGCCUGGGCCGCAAGCGCCCCCUGCCCGCCUGUCCCAACCCGCUCUUCGUGCGGUGGCUGACCGAGUGGCGGGACGAGGCGGCCCGCGGAGGGCGCCGCACGCGCUUCGUCUUCGAGAAGGCGCUGCGCUCGCUCCGGCGGUACCCGCUGCCUCUGCGCAGCGGGAAGGAAGCCAAGAUCCUCCGGCACUUCGGAGACGGGCUCUGCCGGAAGCUGGACGAGCGGCUGCAGCGGCACCGGGCGUCGGGCGGUGACCCUGCCCCCGGCCCCCCGUCCGGAGAGGAGAGUGCAGCCAUGGAAGGCUCACCUGCCAAAGUCCAGGAGUCUGACGUGCCAGUUUCUGCCCAACCCCAAGCAGGAGGCUCUGGCCGCUACUGGCCAGCUCGGCACUCCGGAGCGCGAGCUAUUCUGCUGCAGCUCUACCAGGAGCACCUGAAUCCUGAUGGCCACUGUUUCCUGACCAAGGAGGAGCUGCUGCAGAGGUGUGGCCAGAAGGCCCCCAAGGUAGCCUCUGGGAAUACUCAACCCUGGCCUGCCCUUCGUGGACUCCUCCACCGGAACUUGGUCCUCCGGACACACCGGCCAGCCAGGUUCUCCCUGACCCCGGAGGGCCUGGAGCUGGCUCAGAAGUUGGCCGAGUCAGAAAGCUCAAGCUUGCCGAAUGUGGGCGCCGAGCCGAAGGAGCCUCCUGGGGAGGAGCCAGCGGUGCCACCAGGAGCAGCCUUGGCUGAGCGUGGCACCAGUGAAGGAGGCCGGCAGCCGCUGCUGGAGCUGAGGCCUGGAGAGUACAGAGUGCUGUUGUGUGUAGACACCGGCGAGACUCGAGGGGCAGGACACCGGCCAGAACUACUCCGAGAGCUCCACCGGCUCCGCGUGGCCCACACGGUGCGCAAGCUGCAUGUGGGGGACUUCGUGUGGGUGGCGCAGGAGACGGAGCCCAGAGAUCCAGCAAGACCUGGGGAGUUGGUCCUGGACCACAUUGUGGAGCGCAAGCGGCUCGAUGACCUGUGCAGCAGCAUUGUGGACGGCCGCUUCCGGGAGCAGAAGUUCCGCUUGAAGCGCUGCGGCCUAGGGCGCCGGGUGUAUCUGGUGGAGGACCAUGGCUCCGUCCAUAACCUCAGCCUUCCUGAGAGCACGCUGCUGCAGGCGGUCACCAACACCCAGGUCAUCGACGGCUUCUUUGUGAAGCGCACUGCCGACAUUAAGGAGUCAGCCGCCUACCUGGCCCUGCUGACCCGGGCCCUGGAGCGCCUCUACCAGGGCCACACCCUGCACAGCCGCCCCUGGGGGACCCCCGGGGAGCCCCAGCCAGGGGAAAGGCCCUCCCCAAACCCACUGUGCUCACUCCUCACCUUCGGAGACUUCAACGCAGGAGCCAUCAAGAACAAGGCCCAGUCGGUGCGGGAAGUGUUUGCCCGGCAGCUGAUGCAGGUUCGAGGGCUGAGUGGAGAGAAGGCAGCUGCACUCCUGGAGCGAUACAGCACUCCCGCCAGCCUCCUGGCCGCCUACGACGCCUGCGCCACCCCCAAGGAGCAGGAGCUGCUACUGAGCACCAUCAAGUGUGGGCGUCUACAGAGGAACUUAGGACCUGCUCUGAGCAGGACGUUGUCCCAGCUCUACUGUAGCUACAGCCCCCUGACCUGAGCCACGAGAUAGCCACGUAGGCCACGAGAGAGACCCAUUCCCCUCGUCCUCCUCCACCCAGCCUCACCGGCCCUCCGACUGAGACCUUUAGGCCUACAAUAAAAUCCUUUAAGCGUCCG